AUGAUGACCAACCCGGGCCGUCUAAUCGAAUUGGUGGAGGUGAUGUUGCCGACCGGCGUAAGUCCUUUCGACAACCGAUUCGGGCUCAUUUUCCUUGAUCAGCGCAACCCCGUCGCCGCUCGGGGUCAGCCGUUCCGUGGCGACAUGAUGCCCCAUUCGUUCCGAGAGAUCGUCUUGUUGGGCCAGAACAUGGACAAGCAGGAAUUAAUCCACAGCAACAACCACCCGAUGCGAAGGGCCUUCGACGCUGUGCCGAAGGAGGUCGACUUGGCUCGUAAGAAAGCACAAUUACCGACAACGCAUCUCCGUUUCCGGCCGAUCUCUGUCGAAACUAGGGGUCCCAAAAUCAGACCGAAUGCUUUAUUACGACCCGAGUCGGCCAGUAACAUGGAAUUCGAUAAGUCUCUUCCCGCGAUUGAGGUCCCGGUGCCGAAGUGGUUCCUCUCCUGGAAAGAGAUCUAUGAAAUGUCUCCCUCGCGCCGCCAUAUGAGCUACGAGCAGGAGCUGCACAAUCGCCAAAGCGCCGGCCAAUUCAUGCAUCUGCUCACCGAGCGUCUGAAUCAAGGAUUCACUGAGAAGUGGCGGAAAGUUUCAAUGCUAUGCGCUUGCGCCGCGCUGAUGCACGUGAAUCGUGUCUUUACGCUUCACUCGUUCCAGGAUCUAGACUACAGGGACGUUUGUGCCGGCGCUAUGCUAAUGACCGCUAAAGCCGAGGAUUGCCAGAGGUCACUGCGCCAAGUCGUCAAAGCCUGGUGGUCGCUUCGUUUCCCGACCAAGCCGCAAAUCCCUGACGAAUAUUAUGACGACGCUGCACACCGUAUUGAAUUCUUUGAGAGUGUGGUGUUGCAGUCCCUUG